CACAAUAACGCUUUAACGAAAGAACCUUCUUCCUCAUACACAUUGAUAAUAAACGUAGUGCGCGAUGAGUGCGAUCAAGAAGCCCGCAGAGUACAAGGAGUACGUGAAUUUUUUGCAGAACUACAACAAGUCUUCGCACAACAAAAAAGACGAUGCUUCAAGCGACAGUGGUUUAAACAGCCCCUUCACAGGGUCGUCGGCGAGUCUGAACUCAGACUCCACCGAAGUGAGUGAAGUUGACACCUCCCCGAAAGUUAAAACUGAAAUUUGCAUCGAGAUCAAGCCCCAUAACCCCAUAGAAAAAACAGUGCACAUCAAAAAAGCUGAUAAAGAUUGUAUCAUCAAAACCACACAUGUGCAGAGAAGGGGGUCUGUUAAAAACAUGUCCAGGAUGUUCGAGGUUGAAACCAGAAAAAAAAACACCGUUAAACCUCCACUGCCUCUGGGCAAAACCUCCCUGGAGAAAUUGUUGGAGAAGGACAGCAAGAAAUUAGCACAGGAUGCAGUGAAAACAAACAAUAACAUGAACUCCAUCAAAAGGGAUUUACUUGGAAAACCAUCUCUAGAGAAGUUAUUGAAGGAAGAUGAACAAAAUUCCCAACAAGAUAUUCUUAAAUCCCCAGAAAUUGUCAAACCUAUAUCAAAUGAAGAUAUAGUGAAACCCCUAACAAACCUUGAGGAAUUAAUAAAAGAAAACACAACGAUAAAAAUCGAAACUCUAAAGAAACCAGAGGAUGUCCAACAAACCUUAGAAAAACUCCUCUUCAAUGACCAAAACGACCAAAUAACAUUGAACACGGAAAACAUAUUCACCACAAUUCGUCCCAAAGAGGAAGAGUCAACAUUCCAAGAAACAACCUCAAUCCAAAUCAAAAAAACCUUGGAAAAACUCCUCUCCAACGAGCCAACCCCCCCAAAGGAGGAAGAUUUACCACCACCACCACCACCACAAGCAGAAAAAACUCCAAAACCCGCCAUCCCGGAAAAACCAGUUCUACCAACCUCCCCGAAACCUACAAACGUGGAGUUCGUUUGUCCACCCCCUCCCUCCUUCGCUCAAAACGCGCCGCCACCUCCACCCCCGAUGCCUGCGGUGUUGCCGAAAUUCAAAACUCCCGUAGCCCAAACUGUGAGAGUCGAAACCCUCCAAAAGCCACCUCCAGCUCUAGCAAAAGACCUCGACGAAGAAAAAUUGAGGAAAAAGUUGGCCUACGGUCAAAUGAUGAACAUUUGCAACAGUUACAACGACAAAGCCAACGAUUACGUGGCAACACUGCCCAAAGCAAUGGUGCACCAGAACAAGAACAUACAGAACAUCAUACAGUCCAUAGCGUUAAAUGGUGGUUUGGAUAAACUAUGUGGAAGAACGAAUCCUAAAGUGGAGUAAAUAAAUAGUUUUGUGUAUAAAUUUUCUAUACCUACCUACUUAUUCUUUUCCCUGUACAUGUAUUUUCUAUGAAGAUAUAUUUAUUGUAUAUACUUAUACUUAUUAUCUUAUCUAUUACCUACAUAUAUAUUAUUAUUUUAGUGUAAUAAACUGUUGUAUUUUGUUGUA